AUGACGGUACUGACCGUGCAGAUCGGCCAAUGCGGCAACCAGCUGGGUCACGCGUUCCUGGACACGAUCUACAAGCAUGUGAGCUCUGCAAAGAACGAAGGCUUCAGGGCGAAGCUGGCGGACAUGUACUUCGAAGAGGAGUGCGAUUAUGGAAACAACCUCCUACCAGUGAUCCAGUAUACAGACAACAACAAAGGUAGGAAGUCGCUCGUAAGCGAAAGCAACGAGGUCAUGUGUUUGAAUAAUUACAUAGCAAGGUCCAUCCUCAUUGACAUGGAGCCGAAGGUUAUUGAAAAAUGCCUGUACCAGACUGCCGCCGACGAGAGGAGAGCCCCCCUGCACAGUACGAAUGUGAAUAGGACGAACAAUAAGAAGAAGCAGCCUCAUGCUAUUGCUGGGGAUUCAGAAGGACAGCAUAAGUAUGUGUGCGGAAUGGAGGAAUACUACGAGCCCUCAAACAACUUGAUGAAGGUGUUCUCCAGGGGGGAAGACAGUCAAGAGGAGGUAGAAGAGGAGGAAGAAGAGGAAGACGGCGAUGAAGCCUUCUCACGAGAGAAGCCUCAAACGAAAGGGAACAGCAAAAAGGAGUACCCAAUAAACACGUGGAAGUACAAUAAAAGAAACUUCAUUUACGGCCUGAACGGGUCAGGCAAUAAUUGGUCUUACGGAUUUAAUGUGCAUGCAAAAAACAUAUGCGAAGAUUUUCUCAAUUUAAUACAAAAGGCAAUGGAAAGUAAUGACAGCAAAGAAGGAGUGGACAACAUCAUCCUAUUUCAUAGUCUCGCAGGAGGAAGUGGAAGUGGAAUCAGUUCCUAUCUUUCAUAUUUGCUGAAGGAUGAAUAUGCCUCAGUCAAUCUGAUCAAUGUUUGUGUAUUACCAUACAUGUUUGGGGAAAUCAGUGUGCAAAGCUUAAAUUCAGUGCUUUGCUUAUCAUCUUUGUAUGACUCGUCUGAUGGCAUUGUACUUUUGGAAAAUGACAAAUUUGAGUUAAUGUGUAAAAGGAUGAGUAAUGAAAAUAUUAACACGGAGGAAAUAAAUCGACACAUAAGUCUUUUCCUGACUUACACCCUUGGUUUGCCUCUGGACUUUGCCAAUGUUAGCCGUUCUGGUGGGUCCAAGUAUACAAAUGCUAUGAACUCCAUCUUGACUGACCUUUGCAGCCACCCCAGUUAUAAAUUCCUCACCACUCGAUAUCUCCCACAAGUGUUUGAGGAGAACAGGAAGUUUGAACAGAACACUUUCAGUAUGCUUCUUAAGCGCAUGCACAAGAUGGUUAUAAAUGGACGCAUCCUCGACUACGACGGGAUGAGCGGUGCGAUCAGCGGGGGGGUCAGCGGCGGGAUUAGCGGCGGAGGCGGACUCUACCUCCCCGCGGAGAACUCUAACGUAGAUCCAUACUUCGUCCGACUCUCCUCCAGGGACCUGCACAAGAGCUGCGCCUUUUUGAAGCGCGUGCACAUCCCCCUGCACCUCCGGGAGUCUCUCAGCAAGUCCUACGUCAGCGUCCAGAAGAAUUGCGUGCUUCUGCGUCGUGGCCCGAAGAGUUACUCAGCGCGUACUCAGGGAGCUCGCCUUCCCCAUGAAUCCACACGUGGGAUCCCCCCUGGUCGUAUGCACCAAGGGAGCGGGCCCGCAGAAGGACCAUUAGGUAGCACCCACUUCCGACACAACAAUAUAGUGUUUGGCUCCAAAAUGAUUCUGCGUGGAGAGCUCCAAGAAAAUAUCAACUUUGAUUUGUUUAAGAAUCACGUGUUGUACAACCACAAGUCUCUCAGCCCCAUGGAGGUCUACAUUGACGAGAGCAAGGACUUCACAUAUAACAGCUUGGCGAUGGUAUCGAAUUGCUUAACUCCGGUUCCUACGCUCAAGAAAAUUCUGCACAGUGCGAAGAUGCUAUACGCCACGAAUGCGUACAUGUACCAAUACAACAGCUACGGCGUGUCGCAUGACCACGUGCACAGCUCGCUCAUAACGAUGGAUCAGAUCAUCAGCGCGUACGAGGGGCUGUCCUGCGAGGUGUAG